ACAAAGUCUUGAAAUGAAUGCUUUAAAUAAAUAUCACUAUGACGGCACAAAUUAUAUAUAUGGAACAGCAGGCUUUAGGAUGAAAGCUGAGUUGCUACUAUGUGUCAUGUAUCGAGUGGGUUUAGUUGCUGCAUUACGUUCCGUAUAUUAUCAGGGAAAGUGUGUGGGUGUUAUGAUAACGGCUUCUCAUAAUUCUGAGGAGGAUAAUGGAGUUAAAAUAGUAGAUCCCUUAGGAGAUAUGCUUGAACAAGAAUGGGAAAAUGCCUUAACUAAAAUAGCUAAUACUCCGGAUGAGCUACUAAAACAGACUAUAAUCGAUUUUGUGAUUGAAAAAAAAAUCGGCAUCAACCAAUUUACUCCUUCGAUUGCUAUCGGCCACGAUAGCAGAAAGUCGAGCAUUUUACUUUCGAGCGCCGUUAAAGACGGCAUUUCUAUAUUUAAAGCGAAUAUUUACGAUUAUGGGCUGCUCACGACUCCGCAACUAAUCACGAGGGAUAUUUGUGGAGCUGAUUAUGUUAAGCUUCACCAGCAGCCGCCACGUGGGAUGCUCUUGAAGGAAGGAGAUCGCUGCGCUUCUAUAGAUGGCGAUGCUGAUAGAAUUCUUUAUUUUUAUAUUAAUAAAAACCAAAAGUUUUGCUUGCUUGAUGGUGAUAAAAUAGCAGUUUUGCUUUCUGGAUUUCUUAAAGAUAUUGUUAAAGACCUCCACAUGGAAAAUAUUUCUGUUGGACUUAUUCAAACGGCGUAUGCUAACGGGAACUCAACGGCUUAUGCAAAAAAUAUUUUGGAAAUUCCUGUGAUUUGCACGUCUACUGGAGUAAAAUAUUUGCAUCAGAAAGCAAAAGAAUAUGAUAUUGGUGUCUACUUCGAGUCGAAUGGGCACGGAACUGUUCUUUUUAGCGAACGGCUGAAGAAGACCAUAAAAACUUUCGAGCUUUCAAGUUUGAGUACUUUUCAGCAGGAAAAACUGAACGUUCUUCGAAAUAUAAUUGAACUCACCAAUGAAACUGUGGGCGACGCACUUUCGGAUUGUUUAUUGGUGGAGUCCAUACUUUUUCUGCGAGGAUUUUCUUUAGAAGAUUGGAAUAACCUUUAUGAUGACCUGCCCAACCGCCAAUGCAAAGUUUCCAAUCGGAAUUGCAUCACCACAACCGAUGCCGAGCGGGUUUGCCGAACGCCACAUGGUCUACAGGAAGCAAUUAAUGCCGUUGUUAAGAAUUAUACUUCCGGACGCUCGUUUGUCAGACCUUCAGGGACUGAAAAUGUCGUCCGCGUUUAUGCAGAAGCAGCAACUGAGAAGGAAGCAGAUGAGCUGGCAAAAGAAGUUUGCGAGCUUGUCAAGAAAUUUACUGAAAAAAUAUAGAGGUCUACAAAUUUUAGUUUAGUAAUAAAAACUACGU